CUUUCUUGUCCUGUCUUUGUGCCUCUAUAACCUCUUAUUCUUCCUUCCUCCUUCUCGCUCCGUGCUACAUUCUGGAUAAUUCCUUAAGAAACAUCCUGCAAGGGGUGCCUGGGUGGCUUGACCCUUAAGUAUCUGCCUUUGACUCAGGUCAUGAUCCCGGGGUCCUGGGAUCGAGCCUCAGCAGGAAGCCUGCUUCUCCCUCUCCCACUCUCCCAUCCCCUUGCCUGUUUCCCUCUCUCUGUGUCAAAUAAAUAAAUAAAUACAAUUUUAAAAAGAUUAUUAAAAAAAAAAAUCUUGCCAGUCAGGGGUUCACUUUCACCAUCGUCUCAUCUGCUAUUAAAAUCACCCACUGAGUUUUCUUACUUCAAAUAUUGAAUUUUUUAUACGGUUUUAUUUGGUUCUUUCUCUAGUCUGCCUGGUCAUUUUUUCUAGUAUAUUUGCUGCUGAAGUGAACACAAUGUGGCCAUUUUUUAGAGUCUCUUGUCCCUUGCUUAAUGUUUCAUUCCAUCUCUUAGGUCUUUAAACAUUUUACAGUUCUUUCAUAUUCCAUAACUGGUUUUCUUCCGUAAUUGUUAUUUUUAAUACUGGAAAUCCUUGGAGGGCCACAAGUGCUGUAGUUCUUGUUAUUGUUUACUCCUUUAUGGUGGUUAACUUCUAUGUUGGUACCUUUUUUUAUUGGGGGGCUCACGUUACAUUGGAUAUAAUUUUUAGAAUCUCAAGGGCCUAACAUGGGCAUGUUUUCCUCUAGAGAUGAUCAGUGUUUGCUUUUGCAGGAAUCGGGCAGACUAAUGGCUUUUGUUCCCUUUCCUGAAGAGAGGAUCCCAGAUUUCAUGACUAACAGAUUCUCAGAAUCGCCCCCUCAUCCUGCUGGAGGACCCCUGCUUUAUUCACCCGCUGCUGUGUUUGCAUCAGGGCAACUGUACCCUUUCCGCUUGCUCCCCUGUUUUUUCCUGCUCGGGUUUUAGCUUACCGGCCUUUGCCUUUUUAUGUUUUCCUUCCCUUUUCUGUUUUUCUCCUUUUCUUUCUCUUCUUCCCUUCCUUCCUUUUCUUCCCUCCCUCCUGCUUUUCCUUUCCUUUCCUCCCCGCGGGAGACUAGGAAGCAAGCCUAGUGAUUUCUUCAGGUGACCUAAGCAACGAAGGUAUGCAAAAGUACGGCCCAGGUUAAAGUUGUAUUUUAACAGGACUCAAGCCGGAAGCAGAAGUGGUUGCCCACUUUGUCAGUUUACCUGCAGGCAUUAGUGCGGGCACAGCUCUGAGUGUCCCGGAAGCUGAGGGCGUCCGUGUAGAUAAGGGCUUCUUACCUGCUUGAAGGAAACGAAACGCCGGGCAAACAAGGGCCACUGGGAUUCCCUCAGCGUGUACGCGCUGGGGGGGGGGGGGGGGGUAAGGCCUGUCCGUUCUGCAGUGGAGUCGGUGGAGACUCUAACCUGGAAUUCGGGUGGGGUGGGGGGACUUAAAUUUUACAGGGUGAUGGGGUAGGUCUGGAGCAGAGCGGGGGCAGGGAGGGAAGACGGAGGUGAUGGUGACCGAAGGUGUGACAACUGUUGCCUACAUGCUGGAUGAGGGCCUGAUGGAGUUGAUGAGGGCAACUACACCCGGUGAGGGGCUGGGCUGACAGCCCCAGGAGGUGGUGGGAGAGGCUGGUUCUGAGGCUGGAGGAGCUGGGAUGGGCCAGACAACUGGCCCCGCCACCCCUGCCCAUCGCCAGUACUCCUCUGCGCCCUGCUGUGCCUGCACUGUUGCUUUCCUGCCUUCUGUCUUCAGGGCCACAGCCUUCUUGGAGACUCUGGAAAUGACCCCAGAAACAGAGGCAAUGUGGAAAAUCUUGAGCAAACUGGCACUCGAGGCAAGGCAGCUCCACAUCGCGGAGAGGUGCUUUUCUGCUUGGGGCCAUGUAGCAAAAGCUCGAUUCCUGCAUGAGACCAAGGAGAUUGCAGACCAAGUGUCUCGGGAAUAUGGUGGAGAAGGAACAGACUUUUACCAGGUCUGAGCACGCCUAGCCAUGCUGGAGAAGAACUACAAGCUGGCUGAGAUGAUCUUCUUGGAGCAGAGUGCCGUUGAGGAGGCUAUGGAUAUGUAGCAUGAGCUGCACCGUUGGGAUGAGUGUAUCCCUGUGGCUCAGGCCAAGGGCCACCCAGCCCUGGAGAAGCUGCGCCGGAGUUACUACCAGUGGCUGAUGGACACACAGCAAGAGGAGUGAGCCGGUGAGCUACAGGAGAGCCAGGGGGAUGGACUAGCAACCAUCAGCCUCUACCUCAAAGCCGGGCUCCCUGCCAAAGCUGCCCGACUGGUGCUGGCCCGGGAGGAACUGCUAGCUAACACCGAGCUGGUAGAAAACAUCACUGCAGCCCUAAUCAAGGGGGAGCUGUAUGAAAGGGCAGGUGAUCUCUUUGAGAAGAUUCGAAACCCAGAGCGGGCCCUGGAGUGCUACUGUAAAGGCAGUGCAUUCAUGAAAGCGGUGGAGCUGGCUCGGUUGGCAUUCCCAGUGGAGGUGAUGAGACUGGCCUUGGGGGAUCACUUGGUGCAGCAGAAGCAGCUCGAUGCAGCCAUUCAUCACUACAUUGAAGCCAGGUGCUCCAUUAAGGCAAUUGAAGCUGCCCUUGGCGUCCACCAGUGGAAGAAGGCCAUUUAUGUAUUAGAUCUACCGGACCGGAAUACUGUCGGAACACCACGCGGGGCCCAACACUAUGCGUCUCUGCAGGAGUAUGAGAUUGCGGAGGAGCUCUACGUUAAGGGAGACCGAACAGAAGAUGCAGUAGACAUGUACACUCGGGCCGGCAGCUGGGAGCAAGCCCACAAGCUGGCGAUGAAGUGCAUGAGGCCGGAAGACAUGUCGGUGCUGUACAUCAGCCAGGCUCAGGAGACGGAGAAGCAGGGCAAGUACCUGGAGGCUGAAAGGCUCUACGUGACAGUGGAAGAGCCUGAUCUUGCCAUCACCAUGUUCAAAAAGCACAAGCUGUAUGAUGAUAUGAUCCGCCUGGUAGGGAAGCACCACCCAGAUCUCCUCAGUGACACACACCUACGCCUGGGCAAGGAGCUGGAGGCUGAAGGCCGACUGCAGGAGGCCGAGUAUCACUACCUCGAGGCUCAGGAGUGGACGGCAACAGUGAACAUGGACCGGUCCAAUGGGCUUUGGGAGGAGGCCUACCAGGUGGCCCAGGCUCACGGAGGAGCUGAUGCCCACAAGCACGUGGCCUAUCUGUGGGCAAAGAGCCUGGGAGGAGCAUCCUCAGUGAGACUGCUCACUAAGCUCGGACUCCUGGAAGCUGCCGUGGACCACGUCGCCGACAACUGCUCAUUUGAAUUUGCUUUUGAACUCUCCCGGCUGGCCCUCAAGCACAAAACCCCUGAGAUGCAUCUCCGACAUGCUCUGUACCUGGAGGAUGAGGUUAAAUCUGAAGAGGCCGAAGCUGAAUUCAUCAGGGCUGGUAAGCCCAAGGAAGCAGCCCUCAUGUUCGUCCAUAACCAGGACUGGGAGGCAGCUCAGCGUGUGGCCGAGGCCCACGAUCCUGACACUGUCGCCAAGGGGCUUGUGGGGCAGGCCCGGGGGGCCUUGGAGGAGAAGGACUUUCAGAAAGCAGAAGGGCUGCUGCUUCGGGCUCAGAGACCGGGCCUGGCCCUCAAUUAUUAUAAGGAGGCUGGAUUAUGGAGCGACGCCCUGCGGAUCUGCAAGGACUAUGUGCCAGGCCAGCUGGAGGUUCUGAGGGAAGAGUAUGAGCGGGAGGCUACCAAGAAAGGGGCCAGGGGCAUGGAGGGGCUCGUGGACCAAGCUCGCCAGUGGGAGCAGGCUGGAGAGUAUAGCCCUGCCGUCGACUGCUACCUCAAGGUGCGGGGCUCAGGCAGCAGCAGCCUGGAGGAAAAGUGCUGGAUGAAGGUGAGGCGGGCUCCACCCUUCCUGGCCGCCCACUUCCGGGACCGCCCUCACAGCCAGCAUUCUUCCUCAGACAUUGCUUUUUCCUCCUGGGCCUCUCAUUUUCGCUCAGGCGGCAGGUACCUGCUGAGUGCUUGCUAG